GGCAUUGAGUAGAGAUGGAUCUAUCCUACUUUUUGCUCGCGUUUUAUCUUUUUAUCUUAUCUUUUAUUUUCAAAAUGAACCAAUUUAGAUUUAUUUACUGGAUUUUAUUCUGCAGUUUACUAAUUCCCCAUGUUUGUUAUGGAAGUGCAAUGGAUCAAAGACAAAAGCCUCGCCAUAACUCCAAACCAAUCAGGCAGACGGAUGCACAGACUGAUGAAAUCCUAUUUUUCAUGGGUGCUGAUAUUUUCCUGUGGAUUUUCCUGAUUUGUUUUUACUUACGCAGAGAGCUGAGUUUCUGCGUUUUUCUCUGGCUGAUUAUUGUUAAAAUUGGAGACAUCAUAGUACCCUCCUGGGGCUUAGUGUCCAAUAUGUUCCAUGAUGUCUACAGGAUCUUCUUUUCAAGCAAAGUUAACCCGACAGAGGCUGAGCUAGAAGCCGUCCAGAGAGUUAGUAGAGUACUAAUCCUUUGCCUCAGCAAUGCUAUGGUGAUUUUUGUGAGCAUUGUUGGAUUACGUCUGUGGAGCAAGGUGACUAUAAGGCAACUGAUAAAUACUGGCCGAACUGUCAUGCAGUUUAUAUCAGCAACAGUUUCUGACUUGUACGAUAUAUACACGGUAAAGGAGGCAACCAACAAAGAAGCAAAACCAGCCAAAACAAAGAAAACUGGCGAAAAGAAAUGCAAAAAAGUAACAUUUAACCUAGUACCACAACUCAUAGUGGACCUGGAGCCAGAAAAUCCUGCUCAAGAUAUUGAGGAGCCAAUAAAGUCAGUCCAGGAGAUUGUAGAGCCAGGAGACUCUUCUGAGAAGACAGUGGCCUCAUUAUAUCCUACAAUUAUAGAUAUCAGGCAGAAAAUGAUCCUUGUUGAUGGUCUUUCACAAGGGAACAGUGUGGCUGGCCAUACAGAAAUUCCCUGUAUGAGGAGUGGCUCUGACUAUAAUACGGAUAUGAAUAACAGUGUUCUGCCUUCAGUGCCCACUGUGAGCCAGGCAGCAGCAGAUGUCCCUAUGUCUGUGAAGAAGAAGAAGAGCAGCUUCUCAAGAUUCAUACAAAGUCUCAGGGACAGAGCCACCAGGUCAAAUAAGAAGAAGAGUGGGAAGUCUAUGAAAAACAAAAUUAUCUUCAAUGUAACAUCGUGUUUCCGGUGCCACUCAGUAGAAUCUGAUACCUGAGCCAGAAUUUGCAGAUGUUGCAUCUGUUUUAACUGGUGUUAAUCUGCCUUUACACUGCUAAACUUAAUCAAAAUGAAGAGAACUGAUCCUAUCAGAAUGAUGGAUAAAGAAGGCACUACUGGUGACCAAUCAAAGAUCAAGCAAUACAUCAUAACCAUCGAUUAGGAUAACCCUAACCUAGAUCCUGAAUUUUCCCCUUUCCUAAAUAUAUAUGUUUUUUAUUUGUUGUUCUUAAUAAACAUGUUAUCUGAAGGAA